UCACGUCAGAGUCAAAUCAGUCCCCCAAACCACACAAACACUCAUUUCCUACUUUUCCAACCCUUUUUCAGAUCAAACACUAAAAUUACAAAGAAAUAACAUGAACUCAUGAAGAACAUUCAUAGAUUCAUCAAAAUCCAGCAACACAAGACUUAAACAACAACCUCAAACCAUUCAUACAACCACAAAUCAUCAUCAUCCCAAACAAGCCAAAACCGAACCGGACCGUAGCAAAAGCUAGGAGAGGAGGCGAACCGGAGCAAGGAGCCAAUCGAACCGGAAAAGAGGAGGAGGCCGAACCGGAAAAGCUAGGAAAGGAGGUGAACCGGAAACGCAAACGGAACCGCACCGGAAAAAGAGAAAAGCAAAGUGGCCCGGCGUAUUCAGUACAAACCCGCUCGCAUUCACAACACUCGAGCUCAUAUCAAGAAAAGGAUGUUAGCGGCAGAACAGGAAAACGCUCAGCUCAGAGAGGAACUGGUUAACCUCAAGGGGGAGAUGGAAAGAAUGGCACUUAUGAUGGAAACUAUGAUGGCUGAGAGAGAGCAAGCAGCAAUCUCCAAUUCAGCUCCUGUUGUGGUUGUCACAGCUGCACCUGAGGGUCCCCCGCAACCAUCUCCGACUACUACUACAACUAUCGGCCUCACCCAGCCUCUGAUAACUGAUUUUUCUUCUGGUAAUAUGGCAACUAUGGGCAACUCAGGCUUCCGUCCUCUUGGCCCCCAGGGUCCCUUUGCUACUCCUCAAUAUUCCAUGCCUUCAGGCUACCCUUGGGGCAUGCCGAUUGCAACUAACGGGGUUUUUGGUCCAGGCGCUACUGAAAUGCCUUUCGCACAGGGUCAACAGACUUCGGCACAUUUCCAGAUGAGUCAACCGAUUCCUCAAGCUACCAUGACUCAAGCAGGUCCUACUGUGCAUGUUGGGCCACAACAUGAAGAGCAGAUUUAUCACUCUGACAGUAUAAUGGGGGAUGAUAAAGCAAUCGAUUGGGAAGAAAGGUUCGGUGCUCUAGAGAAGAAGAUGAGUAAUAUGCGGGGAAAGGAAACAGUCGUCCAAAGCAUAUAUGACCUUUGCUUGGUACCAGAUGUAAACAUACCUCCAAAGUUCAAGAUGCCUGUAUUUGAGAAAUAUCAAGGGGACACGUGUCCACAAAAUCAUCUAACUAUGUAUAUUAGCAAGAUGAUAGCUUACAAGAAUAAUGUUCCCUUACUCAUUCACUGCUUCCAGGAUAGUUUGACUGGUCCGGCACAUACCUGGUUCAUGGGAUUGAAAGGAGUCACUACUUUUGAACAGUUGGCUGAGGCCUUCAUGCAACAGUACAAAUAUAAUACCUAUCUGGCGCCAAGUCGCAAGGAGUUGCAGUCCUUAACCCAGAAAGAUAAAGAAUCGUUCAAAGAAUACGCACAACGCUUCAUUCAAAAAGCUGCUCAGAUUCGUCCUCCCUUGGAUGAGAGGGAACUUUCAGAUUUGUUCUAUGAAACCCUGAGCCCUUGUUAUUCAGAAAAGAUGAUUGUCUGUGCAUCACAGAAGUUCACUGACUUGGUGGAAACAGGAAUGCGUAUCGAGGAGUGGGCUCGUAAGGGAGCAGCUGUUUCGGGAAGUUCUUCAGGUGGUUCUUCAGGAGUUUCGUCCAGUGGUAAUAAGAAAUUUGGGAAUGGUUACCCAAAGAGGAAUGCUCAAGAGGUUGGCAUGGUGGCUCAUGGAGGACCUCAGCCCGUGUACCCUAAUCACCCCUUUGUUGCCAAUAUCACCCCACAAAUGACCGCACCCCAGAACCCAAACUAUCAACCACCAAGACCUCAAGGGCCUUCAUUAUACUAUCCCCCACUAUAUCAACAACCAUAUAACCCACAACAACUCUCUCAACCACCCUACCAUCCUCAACAACCCUACUAUCCUCAACAACCAUACCAACAAAGGCCAUAUAACCCCCCACAACAACAACCCCGUCCUCAAGCUCCCUACAACCAGCAAAAUCAAAAACAACAAUUUGACCCCUUGCCAAUGACCUAUGGAGCAUUGCUCCCUUCUUUACUUGCACAGAAUCUGGUCCAAACAAUACCACCUCCUCGCAUUCCGGACCCUCUCCCACGCUGGUACCGUCCGGACCUUCAUUGUAUUUACCAUCAAGGGGCACCAGGCCACGAUGUGGAGCGUUGUUUUGCUCUUAAGAAAGAGGUUCAGAAACUGAUAAAUAGUAAAGAGUUAACCUUCACCGACCCUGAUGCUGUAGCUCAGAACAAUCCUCUGCCUACUCAUGGGCCUGCUGUUAAUAUGAUUCAAGACGAUCAGGAAGAGGCUCGCAUUCUCUCUGUAGGUGAUAUCAAGACUCCUCUGGUACCGAUACAUGUGAAAAUGUGUAAAGCAACUCUCUUCAACCACAAUCAUGAAGCUUGUGACAUAUGUUCGAUGGAUCCUCGUGGAUGUAUACAAGUCCAGAAUGAUGUGCAGGGUCUCCUAAAUAGAAGAGAACUUGUGGUUACAAGGGAACCCGAGAGCAAGGACGUCUGCGUUGUCACUCCGGUAUUCAGAGCCAGGAGGCCGCUGGUGAUAAACCCUAACAGUACAAAGCCCGUUGGUACUCCCUUGGUAAUCUGUGUGCCUAGGCCCACGCCUACUACUGCUCAGAAAGCUGUACCCUACAAGUAUGAAGGCACGAUUCUAGAGCCCGGAAGUGAGACAACUUCACCUGUUGCUGUGGAUAAUAUCGCAGAGAAUAGCCGGAUUUUGAGGAGUGGCCGCAUUUUUCCUACGGUGGGUCCGAAGAGUGUUAGUGUUCCGGUCGAUGAGCCAGUAAAAGAGCGAAACGCCGGUAAAGGUAAAGCUGGGGAGCAGGCCAAAGAGUUUGACUUUGAGGAUGCCGAUGAAGUCUUGAAGCUGAUCAAGAAGAGUGAAUACAGGGUGGUGGACCAGCUGUUACAAACUCCUGCGAAGAUUUCCAUCAUGGCCCUGUUAUCAAGUUCUGGUGCUCAUCGGGAUGCCCUGAGGAAAGUACUAGACCAGGCAUUUGUGGAUUAUGAUGUAACUCUGGGUCAAUUCGAAAGCAUUGUGGGGAAUGUGACCGUAUGUAACAGUCUGACUUUCAGUGAUGAAGAUCUCCCGGCGGAGGGGAAUAAGCAUAAUCAAGCAUUAUUCAUCUCUGUACUUUGCAGAACGGACUCGUUAUCCAACGUCCUGAUAGAUACCGGCUCUGCACUUAAUGUGAUGCCCAAGUCAACUUUCGACCAAUUGGCAUACUCCGAGGCUCCUUUGAGACUUAGCAAGGUGACGGUAAGGGCCUUCGAUGGAACUAGGAGAUCGGUGUAUGGUGAGGUAGAUUUACCAAUUUCGGUCGGCCCACAUGAAUUUCAGGUUACUUUCCAAGUCAUGGAAAUCCAGGCUUCUUUCAGCUGUUUGCUCGGCAGACCAUGGAUUCAUGACGCUGGGGCUGUGACAUCUACUCUCCAUCAGAAAUUGAAGUUUGUAAGUCGUGGAAAGUUGAUCACUGUGAGUGGCGAAUCGGCCUUUUUAAUCAGCAAUUUGUCUGCUUUCUCUGUUAUCGGUGGUAGUAGUUCGGACGGGCCAUCAUUCCAAGGGUUCUCUGCCGAAGAAAGUGUCGGUAAGAUUGAGACUUGUAUGGCUUCGUUGAAGGAUGCCCGGAGAGUAAUUCAGGAAGGCAAAACCGAAGGCUGGGGUCAGCUAGUGGAGUUGCCAGAAAACAAGCGUAAGGAGGGAAUUGGUUUCCUUAACAGUAAGCCUGGGAUGUUCGACCCUACCAGAGGUUCUUUCCACAGUGCUGGUUUCAUUCAUGAUUCAUCAGAGACCAAUGCAAUUUUAGAUGAUGCACCUGGAGGAGUGACACCGGUCUUUGUGACGCCUGGAGGAGCUUGCUGCAACUGGAUUGCUGUUGACAUUCCUUCUGUGACACCCCGCUCUAAACUGAACAUAAGUGAAUCCGUUGAACACAGUGACCCCAUGCUUUCUCCCAACUUUGAGGUCCCGGUUUACGAGGCUGUGGCAGAGGAGGAUGAGGAGAUCCCGAAUGAGAUCAAAUGGAUGUUGGAACAAGAAAGGAAGACAAUUCAACCUCAUCAGGAGGAGAUAGAAAUCAUCAAUCUGGGUACUGAGGAAGACAAGAAAGAAAUCAAGAUUGGGGCAUCGUUGGAUGUAUCUGUCAAGAAAAGAGUAAUUGAGCUUAUCAGAGAAUAUGUUGAUAUAUUCGCAUGGUCAUACAAAGACAUGCCGGGUCUAGACCCUGAUGUCGUUGAACACAGACUACCGUUGAAGCCUGAGUGUCCUCCGGUAAAACAGAAAUUGAGAAGAUCUCAUCCUGAUAUGGCCCUCAAGAUCAAAGAGGAAGUGCGAAAGCAAAUUGAUGCAGGUUUCCUAGUCACAUCAGAGUAUCCUCAAUGGUUGGCCAACAUAGUGCCUGUUCCAAAGAAAGAUGGUAAAGUCAGAAUGUGUGUUGAUUAUCGGGACUUGAACAAGGCUAGUCCGAAGGAUAAUUUUCCUUUGCCUCACAUUGAUGUAUUGGUUGAUAACACUGCUAAGUGCAAGGUUUUCUCCUUCAUGGACGGUUUCUCCGGCUACAAUCAGAUCAGGAUGGCUCCUGAGGAUAGAGAAAAGACGUCUUUCAUCACGCCCUGGGGUGCUUUCUGUUAUGUGGUGAUGCCAUUUGGUUUGAUAAAUGCUGGUGCCACUUACCAGAGGGGUAUGACCAAAAUCUUUCAUGAUAUGAUUCACAAAGAAAUUGAGGUCUACGUAGAUGAUAUGAUUGUUAAGUCUGGCACAGAAGAAGAACAUGUUGAUCAAAAGGGUAUUGAAGUUGAUCCCGACAAGGUCAGAGCCAUCAGAGAAAUGCCUGUUCCAAAGACAGAGAAGCAAGUAAGAGGUUUUCUUGGUAGACUCAACUAUAUCUCCAGAUUUAUCUCUCACAUGACCGCCACAUGUGGACCAAUUUUCAAGUUACUCCGCAAGGAUCAAGGGGUGAAGUGGAAUGAUGAUUGUCAGAAGGCUUUUGAUCAAAUCAAAGAAUAUCUGUUAGAACCUCCAAUUCUUGUUCCUCCAGUUGACGGAAGACCUUUGAUCAUGUAUUUAACAGUACUAGAAGAUUCCAUGGGCUGUGUUUUGGGUCAACAAGACGAAACCGGAAAGAAAGAGCACGCUAUCUACUAUUUGAGUAAGAAGUUCACUGAUUGUGAGUCCCGAUAUUCUGUACUUGAGAAAACUUGUUGUGCUUUAACUUGGGCUGCCAAGCGUCUCCGUCAUUAUAUGAUUAAUCAUACAACUUGGUUGAUAUCCAAGAUGGAUCCUAUCAAGUACAUAUUUGAGAAGCCAGCUUUAACUGGAAGGAUUGCUCGCUGGCAGAUGUUAUUGUCCGAGUAUGAUAUCGAGUAUCGCACUCAGAAAGCAGUCAAAGGUAGCAUCUUGGCAGAACAUUUGGCUCAUCAACCAAUCGAAGACUAUCAACCGAUCAAAUUUGACUUCCCAGAUGAAGAGGUUAUGUAUCUAAAAGCAAAAGAUUGUGACGAACCAGUGUUCGGUGAAGGUCCUGAUCCUGAAUCCGAAUGGGGUUUGAUAUUUGAUGGAGCCGUUAAUGUCUAUGGUAGUGGAAUUGGUGCAGUUCUCAUUACCCCUAAGGGUACUCACAUCCCUUUUACUGCAAGGAUUCGAUUUGAUUGUACAAACAACAUCGCAGAAUAUGAAGCUUGCAUCAUGGGUAUCGAAGAAGCCAUCGACUUGAGGAUCAAGAAAAUUGUCAUCUAUGGAGAUUCAGCUCUCGUGAUUAACCAGAUCAAAGGAGAAUGGGAAACUCGCCAUCCUGGUUUGAUUCCCUACAGAGAUUAUGCGAGACGAUUGCUGACUUUCUUCAACAAAGUAGAGUUACACCAUGUGCCCCGUGAUGAGAAUCAAAUGGCGGAUGCUUUAGCUACUCUAUCCUCAAUGAUCAAUGUGAACGGUCACAAUACUGUGCCAGUAAUCAAUGUCCAAUUUCUCGACCGACCAGCUUAUGUGUUUGUAGCUGAAGCAAUUGAUGAUGACAAGCCAUGGUAUCAUGAUAUCCAAGUUUUCCUUCAAACUCAAAAGUACCCACCUGGGGCAUCCAACAAGGACAAGAAAACAUUGAGAAAAUUGUCAAGCCGUUUCUUCCUUAACGAAGACGUUUUGUAUAAAAGGAACUUUGAUAGGGUCCUACUUAGAUGUGUGGAUAAGCAUGAAGCAGAAAAAUUGAUGUGCGAGAUUCAUGAAGGCUCUUUCGGAACUCACUCAUGUGGGCACGCCAUGGCGAAGAAGAUAUUAAGAGCUGGGUACUACUGGAUAACAAUGCACGCUGAUUGCUACAAUCAUGCCAAGAGAUGCCACAAAUGUCAAAUCUAUGCUGACAAGAUUCAUAUACCACCAUCUAUGCUCAAUGUCAUCUCGUCCCCGUGGCCCUUCUCUAUGUGGGGCAUUGACAUGAUUGGUCGGAUUGAACCAAAGGCUUCCAAUGGGCAUCGCUUCAUAUUAGUGGCUAUCGAUUAUUUCACCAAAAUCAUCACAGACAAUGGCACAAAUCUGAAUAACAACAUGAUGAAAGAGUUGUGCGAUGACUUCAAGAUUCAACAUCACAAUUCUUCUCCUUACAGACCACAGAUGAAUGGGGCAGUUGAAGCUGCAAACAAGAACAUCAAGAAGAUCAUACAGAAGAUGGUAGUUACUUAUAAGGACUGGCAUGAAAUGUUACCCUACGCUUUGUAUGGAUACCGUACCUCAGUGCGAACCUCGACAGGGGCAACCCCUUUCUCUUUGGUAUAUGGUAUGGAGGCUGUACUACCUGUAGAGGUUGAGAUCCCUUCUUUAAGAGUCUUGAUGGAAGCUGAAUUGUCUGAAGCUGAAUGGUGCCAGAGCAGUUAUAUCAGUCAAGGAUGA